UGUCCGUGCUUGCCAAGAAAGCGACUUCGGGCCGGGGAAGACGGUGAGGAGGACCCAACUUCGAAACUAUAGCAAAGAUGCCUCCUCGGCAGGUGAACACCUGACAUUUAGUAGCGCUAAUGGUGUCCACGGUGAGAGGUGCUGUAAUUUCAGACGUCACAGGAACGACACGUUUGGCAGGAUCGCGGGGGUGCUGGAACCUAUCCCAGCGGACUCUGGGCGAGAGGCGGGGUACACAGUGAACUGGUUGCCAGACUAUCGCAGGGCCAGGCUGAGGAGGAUCCUGUGAUGGCGGCGGCGGCGGUGGGCAUGUCCGACCUGUCUGACGAGAUCCUUCUGAACAUCCUGCGCCACGUGCCUGUGUGUGACCUGCUUACCAAUGUGGCGCCAGUCUGCCAACGGCUGCAGACGCUCUGCUGCGACAAGAGCCUGCUGGCACACGUAUGCCUGUCCGAGGAGUACACGAUGGACGAUCAGACAGUUCGCCACACGCUGCGGCAGCUGUCCAAUCACGUGCAGUCCCUGAGCCUUAACGGCGUCUACUGGCUGAGCAGCGGCGCGGUGGAUUCUGUGGGCCGCUGCAAGGCAGUGACGCAUCUGGACGUAAGCGGGUGGCGGCUGACGGCGCUGCGCCUCUCUCGCCUUCUGGCCUCGCUGCCACUGCUGCGCUCGUUGGCCUUCGACGUGCAGCCGGGCUUCGAUGCCAGCAAGCUUGCAGGAGAGGCGGUGGACCGACUAAGCUGCCUGGCCGAGCUGCGGCAGACGCUGCUAACGCCCAGCUACGGCGUGGUACCCUGCUGUGCUAAGCUACGCAAGCUGAUGCUGCAGUUCGACAUCUCAGACGUGACCAGGGAGGGCAUCGGCGUCAGCUGCCACCUGAUGGUGGGUCAGAGCAGUGUACCGCACUACGAGCAACUGGAGGAGUUCAGCGCCCGACUAGCUCCAGGAGAGGUGAACCAGACGUUGCUGCUACUCUACCUGGCUGUGUUCAGUGUUCACAUUCCGGAGCGCCUGCGCAUUUUCCUGGUGUCCGUCCCCGGCCCCAACCCGGCCCACUGGUCCGCCGCCCCGUCACUGGCCCAGAGCCUGGGCCUCCGUGGUGAUCUGGAGGCCCUGCAGUUGCCUCGCUCUUGGCUGGACCCCUCGUCACUGAAGCAGGCGCUAGAGGGCAACAGCCCCAAGCACCUGAGCUUCAGCCGCUGCCCUGCCCUGUGGCCGCAGGUUUUCCAGUCACUGCUGGAGGGCGGCGUGCGGGAUGCCUCGCGGCUGCUGAGCCUCAACCUCAGCGGCAUCAACCACGUGCCGUACUCGGAGUGUCGUGGUGCAGAUGACCAACUGCUCCCUUCCAACAUGAGCCGGCUGGCAUCCAGCUGCUUCAACCUCCGCCACUUGAACUUGAUGCACACGCACUACCACCACGAGCACGCUUCUACCCUACCGCCACCCGCACCCCAUUUGUGCGCCAGCCUCGCUCAACUCCAGCACCUUCGCUCGCUCACCUUAACUGCCUGUGCCCUCUCGGACGGCGUCCAGUCACAUCAUAGUUCCGCGCAGAACUCGUCUCCCUUACUUCUGCGUGGCUUGAAGAAGCUCCCUCGAGUGGGCUUCCAGAACUACAAAGUUGGCUCGGAGGUGGGGAACCAAGGGGACACCACCUCAGGAAUUAGCCAGCUGGCCGCGGGAUGCCUCUCCCUGGAGACCUUGGAGCUUAUCGGGCCGGGUUUCGUCUCCGCUCUGCCCCGCUUGGAGCCGUGCACCCGUGCAAGCAUGGAGCCACGUGGCAUGUGUGCAUGGGCCAGGGGGGUGGGAGACGCCCACUUGGCAGCGCUAGGCGGGAUGACGCGGUUGCGCCGCCUGACGCUAGCCGGCCUGCCCGGCGUCCUGAGGGGCACGGGUUUGGCCCACCUAGUGACUCAGUGCAAGGACCUGCAGGUUUUGUCGCUCGCCAACAUCGGCACGCUAAAAAUUAUGAACUAUAACGCCGCCCUGCUGGAGGCACUCAGACACUGCUUGCAGCUACGAGAACUCAGGUUAGAGCAGCCCUACUUGAACGCCAACUCAUCCUUCUUUGAUGCCCUCUCCUGCUGCUGCAGCCUGCAACGCUUCUGCCUCAUCUCGCGCAACGGCUCUUUUGAGGCGGCUGCGGCUGAGUUAUUCAUGGAGCGCUGCAAUCGCGUGGUCAUGUGCCACAUGUUCACCGGCGGUACGUUGGUGGCCUGCCGGAAUCUGCAGAAAACUCUCCUUGACAGGUUUUUACCUGAGCGGCCGGGCCUUUCUGCAGUCAUUUACCCGAUACAGCACGAAGACCUGCCUUCCGUCAUCAGAGACAUCCCGCUCACUCUGUUGGACAGCACCACCUUAUUCCAGAGUCACGUGGCCCAGCCGCCGCGUUUGUCACCCUGGUGAUGACAACUCACAAUACCUCCACGCCAUUGGUGCUGCUGAAGUUUACGAUCAAGAAGACUGAUUGGACUCGUUUGUCUUGUUUUCAGCUAUUUCUUUUUAACCUUAAGUUGUGAUGCUUUGAAUGGAGAUGUUACACGGAGUUUAGAGUGAAGUGUUUUUUUUUUAAGAACUGCCAUUUAUAUUUUGCCUUUUUUUUUUUGCAUCAAAAAUAACAUGCCACUCUUUUAUAAGUGCCAAAUCAAAGGAUGUAUUUGUUUGCAAAAAUGUAUAUUGGACCUCCAAUUCCAAUAAAUUAUUAUUUUUUAAUGACUACCUGUUAUUUCUGCCACCACAGUCAACCAUCAGUCUAAAAGGAAAAAUAGUUUUUAAAAAUUACUUGAAUGUUGCUUGUUUAAAAUGUUACUUUUUGUCUUUUAUGUAUUUUUUAAAAUGUCAUUUCAUUGCAAUUUACACUGAAAAAAAAUAUAAAUCUGUUAAAUAUAUUGUAGAAGUUAUCAUUUAUUUGCUAAGAUUGCAUUAGUUUUAUGGAUGAUUUUGAGAAAGGAAGAUGUCUUGCCUUCAAGAUGAUGACUCAGUAGGAAUCAUCCGAUAGAAGGGCGCCUUGACCAAGGACGUGGCCGGUGUUGGUCUCAUGUCUUCACCUUGAAACCCUCCACUUAGUGUGUUGUGUCUGGUAGCUUAGUAUGUUAUGUCUUGUAACUCAGAAACCUCCCUAUUUCAAAUAAAUACAGGAGCGACGGGAGAGAUUGUUUAGAGUGUGAUGAGAGGCUGUAAUCUGAACAAUCUCCCAUACGUCCUCCU